AUGGUGAUAAUCAAAAAUUCACGCCUUCAUUUUGCAGCACAUGAAAAUUGCAAAGAAAUUGCAGAACUACUUAUUUUAAAUGCUCAAGACAAUAUUAAUCAAAUACCACUUCAUUUUGCUGUAAUAACAGAUAGUAAAGAAGCGGCAUGUGUCCUUAUCUCUCAUGAAGCAGAUUUUAAUUCAACUGAUCAUUUAAAUUCCUUGCCUCUUCAUUUAGUAUGGAAUAUAUAUUGA